UGUUCAAAACAAAUCGUGUAUUCAUCACUAUUUGACAUGACACUAACCUUAUUGUCGGAGUUUUUUUCCACAAAAUACCUUCCACUAUGUCAGCAACAGAAAAAGAGACUCCUUUUGAGCUAAAGACGGAAAACAACAUUCAGUUUUCCAGCAAGUGUAAAGAUAUUUUUGGAAAUCUGGAAAAACUUGAAAAGAAGCAUGAAGAAAACACAAAGUUUCGAACAGAUGAUGAUGUUGAUAUUCAGAAAUCCGAUCAUCUGGAUGUGGACACAGAGACGAUAACUUCAGCCUUCAAAACUCCCCAGCUAGGCAGAGGUUCAAACAGAGAGGGAGGUGGGCCUUGGAGGCAUAGAGCACAACACAGGGACCGGGGUCCCCCACCUUGGAGGGAGCACUGUGAUAGGGGAGAGGACAGGUCAACUGACAGAGGGUCCAGCAGCAUUCAGAGGGAACUUCAGCCAAAGCAGUUCGUGGGAAGAAGAGGAGGGCAUCCUUAUUAUAACAGCAGAGGGAAUAGGAGACAAAGGACUCCUGAUUAUAAAAUGAACCCCAAGAAGUGGACCAAAUAUUCCUUGGAGGAUGUCGAUAAUGAGGAUAUGACUGAAUCAUCAAACACAAAGGCAGCUUUUGCAUUCUUGGAGGAGCGUAGGAAAUUGCGAGAAGGUGAGAUGAAAGUCGAGGCAGUAAAUACAGAUAAUACAUCAUGUUCAAAAGGAAUCUUUACUUUUAAGAAACCAGUGAAAAAUGAAAAUAAAAAGGGCAAAAGUUCAGUGUCCUCAAAAAUAAGUAACCAGUUACUGAAUUCCAAAGAGGAUGAUAUAAGUGCUGGUGUAGGAGAAGAGGAAGAUAACAAGAUGGAAGAAAAGACAGAAAAAGUGCAAGAAGAGAAAGUGACAUUUAAGUCUCUCAAAAAGUCCAAGAGAAGCAUUAGAAGCCGUGAUACAGAUGACGAUGACUGAUACAGUACACUGCCGCUGGAUUAAUGCAAACUUUUAAAUUCUCUUGAGUUCCACUUUCCAAUAUCAGUACCUUUUUGAAUAUUUUAGUAUGAUUUUAGUUUCCUUUUAACAUUUUAAAAAGAAUUUAGUUUUACAUUUAAAAAUUGAAUGUAUUAAUUUUAAAUUCCUGAAUUUGUUGUAUGUUGAAUAACAAAUGAGGUGAUAAAAGAGACAGUAAGAUAAGCUACUCAUUCUGAUGUGGCUCAUCUUCUGGCAGCAUAUAUUGACAAUGCUGACUUUAUUGCUUCUUACCAGACAU